CCGGCUUUCCGUCCGCCGCGGUCGCCAUUGGCUGGGCUCGGCGCAGCUGACCGACAGCGGCAGUGCUAGAAAGCUGUGAGGAUGGCGGUGCCGGCAGCGCUGAUCCUACGGGAGAGCCCCAGCAUGAAGAAAGCAGUGUCACUGAUAAAUGAGAUAGAUAUAGGAAGAUUUCCACGGUUGCUCACUCGGAUUCUUCAAAAGCUUCACCUGAAGGCUGAGAGCAGUUUCAGUGAAGAAGAGGAAGAAAAACUUCAAGCAGCAUUUUCUCUGGAGAAGCAAGAUCUUCACCUAGUUCUUGAAACAAUAUCAUUUAUUUUAGAACAGGCAGUAUAUCACAACGUGAAGCCAGCAGCUUUGCAGCAGCAAUUAGAGAACAUUCACCUUAGACAAGACAAAGCUGAAGCAUUUGUCAAUACGUGGUCUACUAUGGGUCAAGAAACAGUUGAAAAGUUCAGGCAGAGAAUUCUGGCUCCCUAUAAGCUAGAGACGGUUGGAUGGCAGCUUAACCUUCAGAUGGCUCACUCUGCUCAAGCAAAACUAAAAUCUCCUCAAGCUGUAUUACAACUCGGAGUGAACAAUGAAGAUUCAAAGACCCAGGAGAUAAUCAACUCAUAGCCUGGCACCCUUUUAGUUUCGAUAAGACACCUAUUCUGUCUUUGAAGUCUGCUCUCUGAGAAAUUCCUUUGCACAAUAAAACUUGGUCUCCAAAGUCCUUUAUCUUAACCUAAACAUUCCUUUCCCAGGUCUUCAGAUAAACUCAACCAAUUGUCAGCCAGAAAAUCUUUAAAUUUACCUGUAGCCUGGACUCUGCCCCCACUCUGAGUUGUCCUGCCUUUCUGAACCAAACCAACUUAUUUCUUAAAUGUAUUUGAUUGCUGUCUCAUGCCUCCCUAAAAAUAUAUAAAACCAAGCUGUACCCUGACCACCUUGGGCACAUGUUCUCAGGACCUUCUGAGGGCUGUGUCACAGGCCGUGGUCACUCAUAUUUGGCUCAGAAUAAAUAUCUUAAAAUAUUUUACAGAGUUUUGACUCUUUUGUUGACCGUACUUCCUGAAAAGAUUAAGAGUUAGAGAGAGCUACACUUCAUGCAGAGUGUGAACCUGUUUAUCUAUUGUGUAAAAUGCAAGAGCUUCAGAGCUUUUAGGAGUGGCCCCUAAAUCAAGUCAAACUGUCUGUUUCCCAACUGCCUCUUGCUGUAUAGGAUCCACCUAGCCCUGCUUUCCCAGGUGUACAUUCUUCUUAGAGGAUUUUUAGUGAUUAAAGUACAGGGAAGAAAGAGUGUUCUCUUCUGCAGGUUUCUUAAACUGUAAUUCAGGUCAAAUUUUGAAUAUACAUAUGAAGCCAUAGAAGUGUUAAAUAUUUUAGUUUAUUCCCUUUAGUAGUUAACAAAAAUUACUGCUUAGUGAAAGCUCAGUGUCAGAAUAUCCCUUCACUAAAAUCUAGGUCUAUAAUUUGACAAUUCAUUUCAUGGCACCUGACAUUACUAUUACAUUCACUGUAGCACUUAGCAUGCAAAGAUUUUAUUUUCAUCUCCUCUCUUAUCAGAUGAUGAGAGAGCAUUAACUACAAAGUCUUGUAAAGGUCAAGUCAAGGCUUCAUUUGAAAACAGAAACCAGAGGCCGACCCAUUUACAUAACAUUGUGAUCUCCUUUAUGACUGUUAGGUCUGAGCACUGUCCCAUAUUACUAAUUUUUCUACUUCCUUUUUUUCCGUAGGAGCUUGAUGGAGACAGAUACCAUUUCUGUCAGUUUUUGCAAAAUGUCUUGAGCUCGUUGAAAAAUAGGUGUCAUGUAAUGCAAAGUAUGGUCAGUGCUUUUAGCUCAGAACAUUAUUUGAUGUUUAAAGCAAGUCCAUUCAAUGUAAAUGAUAUGCAUUUAUAUAGCUUACCAUGAAUACAUUCAUGCCCUAAAAAUCUCGGAUACUGCCUAUAUUCAGAGUAGCUAACAUUUCAUUUUGUUUUUAUGUGUUCAUUAAAAAAGAAUAGAGAAAGUGUUUUUGAUAUUAUGGCUUAGUCUCUGGAUUUGGUCACCAGUGAAAUUAAUUUCAGAGCCUCACUCUAUUACAGACAUUUUUGUCUACUUCACAAAAUAACACCAUUUUGCAUUAUUGGUGGUCUUUGUUCAAGAGACAUUACAUCUAAAGAGAGCUAGAAAUUGCAAUUUAAUACUAAGCAAUGUUAUGUGGGAAAGGAGGCCAACUCUCUACAUGAUCUCUCUGCUAGAGCAUAAUAUUCUGCAUAUUGGCUUUUUUUUUUUUUUCACUAUUCCCAAAAGUCAGGAUUUUUCAUUAAGUUCUGAUAGUACUGUUGAAAUUGACCUUGAUUAUUUAUGUAAAGGGCCUCUCAGAUAACCUAUAGGUAUGAGAAUAGCUUUCUGAAUUGUAAUCAUAUUUAGGUUAUAUUUAAGCAGUGAUGUUACACACUUUCCAAAAAGUAAUUUAUUGGGACAUUUACGUAACUCGACAUGCUUAAAUUUGUUUAUCUACUUAUUGUUUAUUUAAAACAUUACAUAUGAGAGUUUUUGUUUUCCUUACUCAGCAUUUUCCAUAUGGCUUUAUUUUCCAUUUAGUUUGAAAACUCAAAAAAGUUCAAGUUAACGAGCAUUUAUUAAACAUCUAUUAUAUUCAAGGCCCUGGGCUAUGUACAUGUGGAACAUAAAAAAUUAUGAUGAUGACAGUGAUUGCAAACACUUGCAAUAAGUUCUCAUAUCCCUGUCAGGUAGGUGCUAUUAUUAUCCCAUGUUGCAAAUGAAGAAGAUGAGCCACAGAAGAUUUCAUAAUUUGCUCAAGGUCAUACAGCCAGUGAUUUGGGAAGACUGGCUUAAAACACAUACUGUUUAACACCAGAGAUCACACUCUUAACCAUUUUGCUAUACUAAAAUGAAGACAAGAUCCUACCCUUAAGAAGCUUUCUUCCUACUAGAAAAAUGAUACAUAUUCAGGAGAAAAAAAAAAAAACCACAGUGUAAGGCAGUAUGUGUUAGGUGCUGCAUUACUGGCUCAAAUGUGGAAGACACUGACCCUCAGAGAGAGCUUCAUUCCUUUUGGGAGGUGGGGAAGGCCUCAUGGAAGAAGUGCGUAGCUGACCCUUAAAGAAUGGGCAGGAUUCUGUCAAGUGAAAUUAAUUAGAGGAAGACCUCACUAGAGGGGGCAAUGAGAACAAAGGCAUUGUUUUGAGGAAAAUGCAGUACCCAAAGUUAAUUUGACUAUAUGAAAAUGAAAAAUAUUUAUGCUUACGUAGACCUUUGAAUGUAAUGCAUGUUUUCAACUUAAAAUUGGAAGUUUAUAUAAUCAUUAAUGUGUUAAUUAUAUAUCCAAAUUAUAGAUUUUUUAAAGGUCAAAUUGUUAUAUAUAUUUUUUUAACUAAAGGGGUAUAUUUCAAUGGAAAGCAGUUACCCAAACUGAAAUCUGGCAGAGAUGCUAAGGAUUAACAUUUAUUUCAUAUGAAAAUGUUAUAAAAUAUUUUAUGGAUUUUUUUACAUCUAAUCUUAAAGGACAUUUUCUGUAAGCUGAACUAAUAGAUCAGAGUUGAUACAACAAUAGUAAACCUACUUUCUACAGGAACUACUUCUAUUACACUCUUUAAGUCUCUUUCUAUAACCUGACAAUAUUUAAAGUACCACAAAAGAUAGUUGCACUGAUAAUAAAAAUUUGUUUUUACUGUCAUGAAUUUUUCCCCACAUUUAUGUUUAUUAAAAAUUGACAUAAAACCUGUAUAAAAAUACACUUUAUUAUUCACUUUAUUUCAAAGGACUGAAAUAGUGUUUUCUGAUUAUAGUAUUUCUAGAGGAAAGAUUUUCUCCCUAGCUAAUCCACUUGGAGAAAUUUGGGGCCACCCACAAACCCGUAAUUUCCUGCCCCAACUUAUGAACCAAGUUAUAUUGAGGUUGUUAUACAGUGUGAUUUCUCCUUAUGACUUUCACAUUUUAUUUUAUAGGUUAUAUUGACUUUUGGAUUUCAGGCAGUAAAAUAAAAAAUAUUAUGCAGUUCAAGUUAGAAAAAUUGGAUUAGUCCAAGCCAUAUUUUUACCUGGUAUCUGUUUUCAGGCAUUGUAAUGUUACUUUUUAUGAUAUUUGUAUAAUUGUAUGUUUUAAAUUUUAUAGUUUUCCCUUAUCUUUUUUUU